AUGCAGCAUGAAAUCUUGCUGCGGCCUCAUGAGGAGGCAUACAUCAAGGAGCACAAGUUGGAUCUGAAGCGAUUCCAGGGCAUGGAUCUGGUAUUCGAAGCGCGCAUGCGCUUCCUGGAGAUGCCUCCGGAUGAGCGCGCCAAGCUCUGCCCUGGAUGGUUGGAGGAAGACCAACCGCUUUGGCAGGAAGGUUCUAUCCCGCUGUCAUCCGUGAUCGACGAGGCGCGGCCUGCGUCUCCUUUUCCUGCUCAAGCACCAGUGGUACCUCUGCCGGCCCUCGAAGAUGCACCGCCGGGCGGCGCCUCGUCCGUGGCCUCUGCGCGCGGGGACGCUGGGGAGCCCGGUGAGGAGCCUGCACCGGAGCCCGGCUCAGCCGGUGCCGAAAACGAAAGGAUUGAGAGACGCGCAGGGCCUGCAGCAUUAGCUUCCACGAAUGUCAUGUCUGACUUGGAGGCAGUGCAGGACGUUCUGAACUCAGCGCUGAAGCGCAGAUUGCAGCCUACAGAUGAUGUGAGUUUUUACUGCACUGCGAGUGCCAUCCCGGCAGGCAACAUGUUGCAAGGGCGUGAGGUGUUUCUCCUGGGCUGCGCAGUUCUCGGUGCCUCCCUGGCCCUUGUGGAGCACCGCCGGCGUCGAAGGAGUGAGGAGGACGCCGCGCGGAGCCGGAAACUGCGGGAGGAGGAGCGCACGGGCCGCAUCCGCGCAGAGCAGGAGCUUCGGCAGCGAGAACGUCCUGACGGUGCGGCCCUUGCCCUCCAAGCCGACCAAAAGCCAUUUCUUUUCCACCCCAUUGGAACCUUUCAGUCCUGCUAUCGGCAGCGAUGUGGUACUCCACGUCAGAGCAAUUUGGUCGCUGGAAGCUUAGCUGUCCUGCGCUGCGUGAGGGAUUUGAACCCCAAAGCAGCAUUGGAAGGCCUGGCAGGCUUUAGCCACGUUUGGGUUCUCUAUGUCUUCCACGACAACACGAACAUGCUCAAGGAGUCCAAGACCGUAUCACAACGCAAGCAGAAGCAGGGACGGGUGCCGCUUUGGCAGGGCCUGUGCAUGAAGGUAGCGCCUCCUCGUUGCCCCGAGUUGCGCGUUGGGGUGAUGGCCUGCCGCACGCCACACCGGCCCAACCCCAUAGGCUUGUCCUUGGCACGAGUGGUGGAGGUGGACCAGGAAAGGGGCAGGCUGGUUCUGGCGGGCCUAGACGUCCUGGACGGAACGCCGUGCCUUGACAUCAAGCCUUAUCUGCCGAGCUUCGAAUCGCUUCCAGCUGCUUGGGUCCCCGAUUGGGUGCAGAAGUCCUACGACGAACCCAUGAUGGAGGUGACCUGGCAUGAGGCUGCUGUCAUUCAGUUUUCCGACAUGUUCAGUACGUCUCCCUAUUCCGUACCUCUUUGGCCUUUCAAGUCGAAAGAAGAGCUUCGGACCGCCAUCAUGGACACGCUGGCCAUGGACAUUCGUUCGCCUUUGCAGAAACAACGCCAUCCAAAUCCCGGACAAGGGAAGGAAGGGAAGGACGAGCCGUUCUUCAGCGGCGACCUUUGGUUCCACGAGCUGCGCAUCCUUUACUCCCUGCUGCCAGCAACGGCUGGCGAGGUCACACUCAUGCUUUUUUUUAUCAGCUUGGCUCGAAGGGCAGAGCUAAGACCCGUGCGUGCCUUCUCCCUUAGAGAGGCUCCGCGCCGGCUCAGCAUGAGCUCGUCCAAGGAGAAGUUCCCGGCCAUUGUGAAAUGGCUUCCGGUUUCCUGGCAGAAGAAGUACCUCAAGAUCAAACCGUGGUUCCCAUGGAACUUCCACGUGAAGGCUAAGCCAGUAACUUGCAGCAACUGCAAGAAAGAUGCAGAGGUGUACUGUGUCGACUGCAAGAGAGAGCUGUGCAAGUUCUGCGCUACGCUGUUGCACCACCCCGACACGAAGUUCGAGAAGCACAGCCUGGAAGACAUGGUGAAGCCAGAGGACGGGGUCAUGCCGGAGGUGAAGAUCAUCAGUCCGAUACUCCUGGACCUGGUCCUUUUCGCCUCGGCAUGCUUCCUCUUCUCUGGCGCAGGCAUCAAUGCGGAGUAUUUCAGUGGCACCAGCUACUGUCCGGGCUUGUCCCGCCUAAGGGGCUGGCUGGUGUGGAUGGACGCUAACGUGUUCUUCUACUGGAAGAACGAGCUCGCCCAGUAUUGCGACUGGGAAGACUCCUACUGGAGGUUCUUCAUGGACGCCUGGAUCCGCAGUGUUCUGACCAACACGGAUAGUUGGAUCUUGCUGAUAGGAUCGUUCAUCAAGGCGUUGACCUUCGAGGAGUUCAUGCGAAUUAUCAUUACACCUGUGGCUGCGCAUGUCUAUGCUGUCUUGGCGUACAUCGUGCGAAGUGUAGAGUUCUGGUUGCACAAGAUCCUUUACGAGAGAUUAGAAGGAUCUGAUCACACCAUCACGAAGAUCUUGCAGGUCUUAUCUAGGAUGGUCCAGCAGAUCAAGUUUGCCCAGAAGCUCGGGAUCGCAGAUACGUCGGUGAAACUGGCUCCACCCACACAUCGGCGGAAACGGCCUGCGGAAGAUUGGGGCGAGUACCUUGUCUACAUGUGGGGACGAAGAUUCCGGCUCUUAGAAUUUCACAAGGCCCAGGCGCAUUCAGCUUGCGGCGCCCUGCUGAAGUACUCCCUUUAUGCAGCGCUGUUCCUCCGCAUUUUCUGCAUUAUCUUUGGCGGCGAGACGCUGCUGAACAUCGCCUACCUCCUGGGAUUCGGCGGCCGCGCGGAACAGCACCAAGCUUGGUUCACACAGAUGACAGGCGCCAACAUCAACGAUGGGAGUGCCAACUACUACUACUGGACAGACCGGCUUGUGUCGGCCGUUGUUCCGCAGGUGCUGAUGAGUGUGCCGCUCUUCAGAGACUUCAUGUCUGAGACAGCCAUGGGACUGAUGCGCACCGCUUGGGGAUUUUGCCCCGUGGUGCUCAAGCUGUGGCCUGUAUGGCUCUUCCUGCUCAAGCGAUGGGGGUGGAGCCGGCUCAUGAAGAAGCAGCAGACUGAAUUCCUUGCGAAGUGGAAGAAAACAUACUGCAAGGAGAUUUGGGGCGACAUGAGCCGAGAGAACCCUUGUGGCGGAACCGCUUACAAGGAGUUGCACUUCUCACCAGAGCCGGCGAAAAUGCCGCGCCUUGGCCGACGAAGUGAGGUUGAGGAACGGCAAGGUGUUUCGACGGUCACCGACAACCCUCGGAUGAGCAGCGGUACUCUACUUGAUCGCGAAUUCCCCGCGGCUGUUUGCCAGGGCGAUCUUGUGAAGCCUGGAUGCCAGGUGCUAAAGUAA